GAGAGAGAGAGAGAGAGAGAGAGAGGAAACAUCCAACGAGACACCCCGGCCUACAUUACCAAUGUUGUACUUCCUCACUUCCUCUCUUUCCUUCGUCUCCUCCUAGCCCUUACCCACGGGCAAUUUGCCCUUCCUUUGCCCUUCCUUUGCCCUUCUUUCCCUCUAGCUUUAGCAAGGAUGAGCUCGAAUGAAGUAAACAUGUCCACUGGUAAAGAGGUUGAAGAUGCUGAGACAACUGUUGAGAUAAAAAUUAAGACUUUGGAUUCUCAAACAUACACUUUAAGAGUGAAUAAAUGUGUUCCAAUUCCUGCAUUAAAAGAACAGAUAGCUACAGUCACUGGGGUUCUGUCAGACCAACAGCGUCUAAUCUGUCGUGGUAAAGUUUUGAGAGAUGAUGAGCUUCUCUCAGCAUACCAUGUGGAAGAUGGUCACACUUUGCAUCUGGUUGUAAGGCAUCCAACCCAGGCAUCAGCAUCUCCAUCAACAAGUUUUAUGGGGCCAGAGAGUGCAGCUGGGCAACCAGCUGCUAAUUUUGCUUCUAGCAAUGAUCACAACCGUGGCAAUCCAUUUACUCACAGCAUUGUCUUUGAAGCUGUCAAUGUUGGUCAAGGGGAUAAUUCUUCUAUAGGCCUUGGUCAGGUUAUAUCAAGCAUUUUGAGUUCUAUUUGGUCUGCUAAUACCACAGCGGGGAACACAAGGACUGACACUAGGGAACCAAAUUCAGAAAGGCAUGGUAGAACGUUGGGUAAUCUAAACCGUCAAGAUUCUAAUCCCCUUCCACAAAGAGCUGCUCCUGGACUUGGAUUUGAUUCUCAGCAAACUACUUCUCAAGUGCCAGCUGCAGUUAACCCAGGAUAUCAACAGCCACUUGUUAUUCCUGAUUCUUUGGCAACCAUUAACGAGUAUAUAGGUUUUCUUAGGGAUGAAUUUGCAAGGGAAGGGUUCAGACCUGUUGGUAAUGACAACACAGAAGCUCCUGGUACACAUUCCACUGAAGGUCAAAAUAAUGAUUUGCAAUCUCAGCCAGCCUAUAGACAAGGCACCCUGCCCACUCCUGCAUUUCUAGCAGAAAUUGUGCAGGCAACUGGAGACCUCCUCAUAGAACAAGCUCGACUAUGUCUAUCUCAAUUUGCCAGGCUUCUCGAGGACCAGACAAAUGUGACAGAUCCUUUGGCUAGAAUGAGUCUUCAGACUACUGCUAUGAGAACUGGGACCCUCUUGCAGAAUCUGGGCCCAUUGCUACUUGAGCUUGGUCGCACAACCAUGACAUUGCGCAUGGGUCAAGCACCAUCAGAAGCUGUGGUUAGCGCUGGACCAGCUGUUUUUAUAUCUUCAUCUGCACCAAACACUUUGAUGGUUCAGGCUUUUCCUCCAUAUGCUGGUCCAAGUGCUGGUCGAAUCCAUAUGGGAGCUACGAGUUUUGGCAGUGUCCAUGAAAGUGGUCAACCAAUUGGCUCCUCUCAUCUUCCUAGAAAUGUUGAUAUACGGAUUCAUGCAGGGGAACAGGUUCGAGCGCAAAAUGCACAAGAACAAAUGGAUGCAGUUAGAAAUUCUGCUCGAGUAAAUUCCAUUCGCCAAGUCUUGGCAGCAGCCUCUGGUAAUGAAUCUCCUGGCGAGUCUAGGGUUAGACUAGUACCAGUAAGAACAGUGGUUGCAUUACCUGCUGGUGUCAGCCAUUCCCCUUCUGCAGCAUCUGGUGGGGGAGUUGGAGUAAUAUAUCCUGUUCUUGCCAGUGUUCAACAAAUGAAUUCCGGUAUAAAUGAUGCAAGAGGUUCUCAAGCAUCUGCUGGUCUCCAUGCUGCUGGCUCUGAGACAGCCCGGCAGGCAACAUUUCAAUCAACAACCCAAAGGCAGAAUCUGGAUCCCAACAGUGCUGGUGCAAUGAGUGUUGACAGUCAUUUCUCUCCAAAUGCUACACCUGGUUCCGAAGCGAAUCCUGCUAAUAUAUCGUCUCAGAGCCAAGGUUCCACUCGGGUAUACAUUUCAAGUCAGCGUGGUGUUGGUGGUAAUGCCAACAUAAGCACUGAAGUGCCUGUAAGCCAGAACUUUCAGGGUGGUGUUUUUAGCAGAUUGGACCAGGUAAUAAGAACUGGUAUGAGGGAGGAAAGCAACACAGAUGGAAUUGGUCAUCGGAGCUCUGGGGCCAACUCUGCUGCAGAUCAAGUAGGUGCGACUGGAGAUGCUGAAAUGCGGUCAUCAGUUGGUAGCAGCGAAGUUAAUGAUCGAGCGGCAUUCAUUUCAAAUUUGCUUCAGCAGAUUAUGCCGCAUCUACCCCAAGUUACAUCCAAUCUGUCUGGCACGUUUCCAACCAACAGUUCUUCAUCUGCACAGAAUGAAAGGGGGAAUGACACUGAUUCGAGACAUCCUCAGAGUCGGCGUGACCCACCUGCAGACUCUAAUCCCAAGCGUCAGAAGAGGGAUUGAUUGGUGAUUCACCUCCAUAAAUUCGCCCUUCGGAAAGUCACAGCAUGAAGUGUGUCUGCUGCAUGGAAAAUUGCUGUUUGCCUCAAUUCUCAUCUCAAAAAAGUAUAUUAUGUCAGGCUCUGUUGUUUUGUAUUAUAUAUAGAAAUUCUUGCCGGAUUAAUGCAAUUUGAAACUGGUAGGAUGCUGUCGGUAUUUAUUUAUUUUUGUUCUGGUGUCAAUGUGGCUGAGAAUAAUCAGGGCCAUAUAAACCGAUUUUCCACUCGGUUUUAUAUGAUCGUCCUUUUUUUAAUAGACUAAAAACAUUCAAUAUAUAUAUAUAGACACUCUUUGCUUA